AUGGGUGGCGAAGGCGGCCGCAGCAGUAGCGGCGGCUAUUUAUUGAUGCAAUUCCUCAUCUUCUUCACAUCACUACUGCUACUACUCCCCAGUGUUCUUUGUUUCUCCAACACCACCACCUUUCCAACAUUAACCCACAGCAACACCCGAGAAGCCAUGGAGAUCGGCAUCGGCAUCGGCAUCGGUGGCGGCAGCACUCCACCUCCAGAAUCAGAGCCCAAUUCACCACCGCCACCACCGCCGCCUCCGCCGCCACCAGGAUUACAAUUCGUAAAUGAGCUGCAGAGGCAGGCUUAUAAGGUCAUCCAACGCUUCAAGAAAACCAUCACCUGCGACCCCAUGAGAAUAUCGCGGACGUGGAACGGAGCCAAGGUUUGUAAAUAUAAAGGCUUCUACUGCGAGACCCCGCCGAACCGGAAAAACACGCCGACCAUCGCCUCCGUCGACUUCAACAUCUUCCACCUCUGUGCUCCGACCGUCGAUAACUUCAUCAACAAACUCCCCGACGUCGCGCUCUUCCACGCCAACUCCAACAACUUCUCCGGCACCGUCCCCGACCUCACCGGCCUCCAAUUCUUAUACGAGCUCGACGUCAGCAACAACAACCAAACCGGCUUCUUCCCCACGAACGUUCUCCCCCUCCUCAACCUCACCUUCCUUGACCUCCGCUUCAACCAUUUCUUGGGCACCGUCCCGCCCGACGUCUUCGACAUAAAACUCGACGUCCUCUUCCUCAACAACAACAACUUCUCCGAGCGCCUCCCGGACAACCUCGGCCGCACCACCGCCGCCUACCUCACCCUCGCCAACAACCACUUCACCGGCCCUAUCCCUCGCUCCAUCGGGAGAGCCAGCAAUACCCUUUUAGAAGUCCUCUUCCUCAACAACGAGCUCUCCGGCUGCCUACCCUACGAAGUUGGGCUGCUCAAGAAAGCCACCGUGUUCGACGCCGGCACCAACCACAUCACCGGUCCGAUACCGCUCUCCUUCGGUUGUUUGAAGAAAGUGGAGCAGCUAAAUCUGGCUCAGAAUUUCCUCUACGGGGAGGUGCCGGACGUCGUUUGCCGGCUGGCCGAUGUCGGCCACCUCGCCAAUCUGUCGCUGUCCAGCAACUACUUCACCUGGCUGGGGACGAGCUGCUGGAGGCUGCUGGAGAGGGGAAUUCUCGACGUCCGGAAGAACUGCAUCCGGGGGUUGCCGGACCAGAGAUCGCCGGCGGAAUGCUUCUGGUUUUUGAAGCAACCAAAAUACUGCCCGUACUUUCCUCACAUUCCUUGCCGUCUCCCGUGGAAGGACGGCGGCGCCGUCCACUCUGCGGCGGCGAUGCUGCCGGCGGUGGGCGGAGGCAGGGAUAAGGCUCCAGCGUCGCGGUACACUACCUACACGGCACUGCAUAACCGUCGCAGGCCCUGAAAGCGUCUCUGUCCCUCCGCUAUAUCUGUUGGUCGUAGUAGACUUUGGAUUAUCCGUUGACUGUUAUUGUUACGAUUCUGUCUGCCUCUUAGAAUUUGUUUCCUGCCCAUGAUCUGUACCUUGUUUGUUAUGUCUUAAAUUGCUCAGCUCCAAGUAAUAUCCUGGACGUAGGUAUGAGUUAGGAUGUAGCAACGCCAUCAAUAAAGCAAUUGCUUGGAUGACCGUAAA